UCUACAAUCUUCAGCUGCCGGACAAAACUCUUAACAACGCCGAGAGAGCAACACAUGUACCAAAUCCCCAGACCUCCACCGCCAUCUGCUGACGUGGACGGUGGUCCCGCCGGCGAACAACUCCCCCUUGCACUGCCGCCUCCGGCAAUGGCUCUCGCUCUCCACAAUCGGCGAUCAAUUCCCAUAGUAUUCGACGGUAAAUGUUUUGAUUGUUACACAACCAGAAGCUAUUGGUUCAAGUAGGAGAGUCUUAUCCUGCCCGCAUGUCUUAAUCCAUCAAAGCUAUUUGAAGCUUUUGAGGAGCAUUUGAGCAGUGGCAUUGUAAAGCCUUCAUCUGGGUUGGGUUUAAAUGUUGAGGGCGAAGAUGGAUUUGUUCAUGUUUUACCGAAAAAUGAGGUCUUUGAUGCCGGAAGCUGCCGACUUAUCACCGGAAAAUGGAGGAAAGGGGAAGACAAUACUUGAGAUUGGAAGGGUAAUGGAAAUCGUAUGCCUGAGUGGUAAGGUUGCUGUGGUGGCUGAAAUGGGGCGGGUCUAGUGCUUCAGCAUCGGGUUUAUAGAUUUUUACGGGACAAUCCAUGAAUAUUUACAAAUAUUAGAUCGAACCCAUAAUUUUAAAGCAAAUGAGUUCAAGCCUAAGGUCAAACUCAUCAAUUAGUGGCAGGUACUAUUUAGCUAAUGUGGAGUAGAGCCUUGCUUAACCGAUAAAGUUGUCGCCAUGUAAUCAGGAGGUCACGAACCGUAAAAAUAGUUUCUUACAAAAAUACAGGUAAGAUUGCGUACAAUAUAGCCUUGAGGUCUGGCCUUUCCUCGGACCCAUGCAAAGCGGGAGUUUAGUGCACCGUGCUGCCCUACCAUAUAAUUAAUGUGAAUUCAGAGGUUUUGACUAACCAGCUGUGUAUUAAUUAAGCCAGUGGUUGCUACGUAACAUGGUUUCACUUUCUCAUUUUAUAUUGUACACUCCUCAAAUAAAAUAGAUUAACGUUCUUCCCCAUAUGGAACCCAUUUAUGUGAAGUCAAGUCUUUAUUUAUAUGUAUGUUUUCUUCUUUUCCUUCUCAAAUAUUUUGGUUAUAAGAGAAGACAUUUCUUGGCUAAUACAGUUUGCCCUAUUAGCCACUUAAAAGGUAACCAACAUGGUUUAUAAUAUAUCCAGAAUCAUCCACUCUGCUCUAGUCUUCAAUGCACCGUCAAAACGAGCCGAACGGCUUGUGCUCCAUUAGCACACAAACACUCUAAGAAGUAACCCCACCUUUAAACAACCAAGUAAAUCCCUUCUCCCUGCACACUACAUUCACCACGAAUAACAAAUCCAAAUCUUUCCAAGAUUUUCAUAUGCCCAUAAAGUAUAGUAGGCAAUUUCCUUGCUCAAGUCAUCCUCGAAAUCACCCUCUUCAAGUCAUAAGUGAUCCACAUGUAUACCUCAGUCCAAAACUAAUAUAACACAUGACCAUGCAUUCUGACCAUGCCACAUGACCAUGUGGCAUAGUAUUAUAUUUCCUUAAUUAAAGUUGUCAUCCUAUUCUGUGAAGUCAAGUCUUUCUUUCUCUGUAUAAAAUUUAGUUGGUAAGAUGAUUGCAGAUACCAUUUCAACCACUCUGAGUUAUGCCAUCUUUCUUUGUCUUCUCACAAUUUUUCUAUGAUUUAUUAAUCUCGAAUCCGCAUUAAAACCAGCUAAUGUGAAGGUGCUACAUGACAUAACCAACAUGGUUUAUAAUAUAUUAACAACUCUGUAGAAUAAUACUAUUUUCCCCUAGUUGAAGUUGUCAUCCCAUCCCAUCCCAUCCAUCCCAAUAAGUCAACUCUUUCAUUCUUUAAAUACAAAUACAAUUUACUUGGUAACUUGCCUCCACAUUCCAUUGCAGCCCUUCAGAGGUAAGCCAUUUUUCGUUGUCUUCUCAGAUCUUUUUUCUUGGUUUACUAUGCUAUAUCUUUUGUGCUUGCUGGUAGGAGAAGAGGUAGAGGGCGACCUACGAAGUAUUGGGGAGAGGUGAUCAGGCAGGAUAUGUGUGUUUUCUGUACCGUUUCUGGUUUGUUAGGGCUAGCCGGCUAGUACCUGUUCGUAGUUUCUUAGAAGGCUAGUGUUAGGGUGAUUUUUAGUGUUAUCUUUCGCUUAGUUUUUUCUAAUACCUUGUUGUUGUUACUGCUUGGCUAUUGCUAUUGCUGUUGCUAUUGCUUUCUUCCACCUGUUUUCCUGGUUUAUACAUUAUUGGUUGCAUUUUCUUGGCUUGUUGUUGAUAUUUAUCUAUUUCUAUUCUUCGUCUUGAACCGAUGGUCUUUCGCAAACAGUCUCUCUACCCCGAUGGUAGGAGUAAGGUCUGGGUACACAUUACAUUCCCCAUACCCCACUUGUGAGAUUCUACUGGGUGGUUGUUGUUUUAACCAAAUUACACGGAUUAGAGAUUAAAGAUUAUACGGAAGUGUAAAACCGUGUGUUUUGAUGACCUGGACAUGGAAUUGAAGCAAUGCCUAUAAAAGAUACCAAAAACAUUCAAUUUUUUGGUAGGAUCAAUGCACAGAAGCGAUUGAGAGCUAAAGAUAGCGAAGACUGGCAUUAUAUCUGUUCUUCUUCAUGUUUUUGCCUCCCUUUUGCUUUACUGAUCAUGUUAUUUAUAGCACCGUUGACCUCUUGCAACUUGCAGCUUUCAGGUCAUAAUUGGAAUACAAUAGAUAUGGCUUAUGCUAGUGUUGCUUCUCUUAUGAGUACGAUGGAAUCGGUCUUGACAUCCAAGUCACCAGUGCAAUCUCUAAUUUUUGACCACCAAGAAGAACUUCUUGCUCUUCGUGAAAAAGUUAGUUCCCUGGAAGUAUUUCUCAAGAACUUUGAGAAAAGCAACAAGUCUGAGGAAAUGACAGAUUUUGCAACACAGAUAAAAGAUGUUGCAAAUGCUGUUGAACGCACAAUUCAACUGAGACUAACUGAGUCUUUAACAGCAAAUGAUGGAAUGCAGACUGAAAAGGCACACGAGAGGCUUUGUGAUAGCCUAAAACAAGUAGCAGAGGAGAUUGAUCGUGUGCUGAAAGAGUCACCAAAGAUUCAAGAUAAAGGAAAACAGGCAUUAAAGGAAUCUUUGGUUCAAGAUUCAAGUUCAAAAAAAAAUACAGCGGAUAUGGAGAACAAUAUGGUGGGCCGUGAUGAGCAAAGGAAAAGGAUGCUGGCAGAACUGGCUCAAUAUGGUGGCUCGUCUGGUGAACUCAAAGUCAUCCCAAUCAUCGGGAUGGGGGGCAUUGGUAAAACAACUUUAGCAAAAGAAGUUUACAAUGAUGCAUCCAUUCGACGUCAUUUUGAUGUUCGUUGCUGGGCUACUGUAUCCAGCCAAUACAAUUUAAAGGAAAUCUUGUUAAGUCUUCUGCGUUGUACUAAGGGUAUCACAUUUUAUAUGGAAGAUGAGGCAGAUCUAGCAGACAUGCUACAAAAAAGUUUAAAGAGUAGAAGAUACUUAAUUGUAUUGGAUGACGUGUGGAGCAGUAAAGCAUGGGAUGACGUGAGACAAUGCUUUCCAGUUCAAAACAAUGGGAGUCGAAUAUUGUUGACUACCCGUAACAAUGAAGUAGCUUGUUCUGCUGGUACAAAGGAUCUUUCUUUGCCGAUGGGUCUCAUGAGUCCAGUUGAGAGUUGGAACCUUUUCAAAAGUGCGGCUUUUCCAAAUGAAUCAUUACCAUCUGACUUCGAGACUAUAGGGAAGCAAAUUGUAGACAAAUGUCACGGGUUACCUCUAACUAUUGUCGUGGUUGCUGGGCUUCUCAAAUUUAAAAGGACAAUAGAAGAUUGGGAAAAUGUUGCUAAAGAUGUCAAGUCAAUCACAAAUGAUCCUGAUAAACAAUGUUUACAUGUGCUUGGAUUGAGUUACAAUCACUUGACCAGUGACCUAAAAGCAUGCCUUCUCUAUUUUGGAAUCUUCCCAGAAGAUAGUGCGAUUCCAGUGAAGAAAUUGGUGAGAUUGUGGACGGCCGAGGGGUUUCUGAAGUUGGAAAAAGACUUGCAAGGAGAAGCUGAGAAGUGUUUACAAGAUCUCAUAGACAGAUGUCUAGUUCUUGUCUGCAAGAAAAGUCUGGAUGAAACAAACAUUAAAUCAUGUAAGGUUCAUGAUCUAAUAUAUGAUCUGUGCUUGAGAGAAUUAGCUCAAACCCAGGACAUUUUUGCCAUGAAUGACAUUUCAACUGAUAAGCUGUGCUUGGCUGAAGCUCAAAGCUCAAAUCUUGUUCGUCCAGAAUGUCGUCAUCUUAGCAUGCAUGAAAUACGGCCCUUUCAGCGACAGACCGGUAUUCACUUUGGUUCUUAUAGGGCCCUUCUUACCCCUAGACAUCAUCAUUUGAUAAGGGGGCAGACAGCUGAUGACAACAACAAUCUCUUGAACCGAACCCACUCUAUUUUCUCUUUAUAUCGUCAUCCUUCAACUUUUACUCUCGAAUCAGAGGUUAUUCAUUUCAGUUUGCUUAGAAUCUUGGACUUGAAUCCCAUACGGUUUGAUAGUUUCCCUCCACAGUUACUGUGCCUCAUUUGGUUGAGGUACCUAGCGAUGUCUGGGGAUUUCCACUUACCUCCAGAAAUUUGCAGGUUAUGGAAUCUGCAGACAUUCAUUGUCCAUGGGUAUCGUUCGGCAUCUACAAGUUUUCCAGAGCAAAUCUGGGAAUUAAUGCAAUUAAGGCAUCUCGAAAUCGAAAGAUUUUAUUUGCCAAACCCCCCAAGUUUAUCUGUUGACAAAGAGAGGUCCUUGGGUUUUUCAGACAUGCAAAGUAUUUCCGGCUUGUCUCCAACUAGCUGCACAAUGGAGGUGAUUUCAGGGAUUCGGAAUGUUAAAAAGUUAAGAAUCUAUGGAGUUAAAAAUGAGUAUGAAAGAUUUCAAGAAUCUAGACUUUACGAAAAUCUUGUACAUCUACAUCAACUUGAAACAUUGAGUUUGAAAUUUAUUUAUCUGGGGUGGUCAGACAUUUCGCCAGCCACUAUUCCAAGUGCAAAAGCUUUUCCAGCGACACUCAAGAAGUUAAAGUUGCAUGGAACUCGUCUAAGGUGGGAGGACUUGAAUAUCAUAGGUGAGUUGCCUAACCUUGAGGUGCUGAAGCUGAUAUAUUAUGCUUGUUAUGGCAAAGAAUGGUAUCCAGUUGCCGGGGGAUUUACUCAGUUGAAGCUUUUGCAAAUUGCCCAUAGUGAUCUGAGGUACUUGAAAGCCACAGAUGACAAUUUUCCUGUCCUUGAGCGCCUCGUGAUUACAGAUUGCUCGUACUUGGUAGAGAUACCCAUUGAGUUUGCAGAUAUUGACUCACUACAACUAAUUGAGUUAAAUGACUGUUUUCCUGGACUCAAGGCUUCUGCUGCACGAAUUCAACAAGAACAAGAAGACCUCGGAAACAAACCUGUGGAUGUUCGUAUCUAUAAUUCUCCAGAUUCGGAUUCAGACGAUGAUGAUGGAAAUGAUUAUGUUUCUCUGAUGCUGGCGGCAUGUGAAGAAUAAGCAUCAAAGAGCUCUACAUGGACUCGAGAUAAGAAGACAGAAAUCACCAUACGAGUAAGAAUGAAUAAGUGUCACCUAUCCCCUUGAGGGUAGCCCGAUGCACUAAGCUCCCGCUAUGCACGUAGUCCGAGGAAGGAGCGGACUACAAAAGUUCAUUGUACGCUGCUUUACUCUGCAAUUCUCUAAGAGGCUGUUUUCACGACUCGAAUCCGUGACCUCCUUGGUCACAUAUCAGCAACUUUACCAGUUACCCCUAGACUACCCUCCACCUAUCCGCUAGAGGGAACGCAAGAUAUAGAGAAAGAUGUCCUGACAUCCUACGUCAAAAGCAAGGAAAAAGAAACACACAAUUCUACAACGAUCAGUGUUGACUGAUAGAAUUUUUCAGAUUUAUCGUGGAUAGUGCUACCUUAGUUAUGUUCAUAAUUUUUGGUGUAAAAAGAACAGAUAUCCCUUCUUACUUUGAAUUAGGGAGAUAAGAUUAAUGUCUCCUUGGUUUCUUCUUCAUCUUGUAUCUUUAUUUUUAUUUGUUUUCAGUGAAUUAGAAAAUGCAUAAGAUGUUGACAGUAACAUGUAAUGAGAAAAGGGAUACUAUAUAUUAACAAUUUGAGACUGUUAAAGAUUGCUGAUGCUA